AUGGCGCAUGUGCUUGUCGUGCCGUACCCUAGCCAGGGGCACAUGAACCCGAUGCUGGAGUUCGCGAGGAAGCUGGCGUCCAAGGGCGUGGCGGUGACCGUGGUCACCACCCGCUUCAUCGCGCGGACGACGGCGGCGGCGUCCGCCGGUGGCGUCGACGCCGGGCCCGGGGUGCGGGUGGAGGCCAUCUCCGACGGCCACGACGAGGGCGGCGUCGCGUCGGCGGCGAGCCUGGAGGGGUACCUCGCGGCACUCGACGCCGCCGGGGCCGCGUCGCUCGCCGAGCUCGUCUCCGGGGCGCGUGCGGGCGCGGGGGCGGGGCGCCUGGCCCCGUUCACGUGCGUGGUGUACGACACGUUCGCGCCGUGGGCGGCGCGGGUGGCGCGCGGCCUCGGCCUGCCGGCCGUGGCGUUCUGCACGCAGUCGUGCGCCGUCAGCGCGGUGUACCACUACGUCCACGAGGGGAAGCUCGCCGUGCCGCCGGCGCCGGCGGACGGCCACGGCGCUGCGCCGGCGAUGACCAGGAGCGCCCCCUUCGCGGGGCUGCCGGAGAUGGAGAGGUGGGAGCUCCCGUCGUUCGUGCUCGGCGAGGGCCCGUACCCGACGCUCGCCGCGUUAGCGCUCAGCCAGUUCGCCGACGCGGGGAAGGACGACUGGGUGCUCUUCAACUCGUUCGACGAGCUAGAGCACGAGGUGUUGGCUGGGCUGUCGACCCAGUGGAAAGCCCGAGCCAUCGGCCCAUGCGUGCCACUCCCCGCCGCCGGCGACGGCGCCACCGGCGGCUUCACCUACGGCGCGAACCUGCUCGACCCGGAGGACGCCUGCAUCCAGUGGCUCGACGCCAAGCCGCCGAGCUCCGUCGCCUACGUCUCCUUCGGCAGCUUCGCGUCCCUCGGCGAAGCCCAGACGGAGGAGCUGGCCCGCGGCCUCCUCGCCGCCGGCAAGCCGUUCCUGUGGGUGGUCAGGGCCACCGAGGAGGCGCAGCUGCCGGGGCACCUCCUGGACGCCGCGGCGGCGUCGGGCGACGCGCUCGUCGUGAGGUGGAGCCCCCAGCUCGACGUGCUGGCGCACCGCGCCACGGGGUGCUUCGUCACGCACUGCGGCUGGAACUCCACGCUGGAGGCGCUCGGCUUCCGCGUGCCCAUGGUGGCGCUGCCGCUGUGGACCGACCAGCCGACCAACGCGCUGCUCGUUGAGCGCGCCUGGGGCGCCGGCGUGCGCGCCCGCCGCGACCCCGCCGCGGGGAUGUUCCUGCGCGGCGAGAUCGAGCGGUGCGUGCGCGCGGUCAUGGACGGCGGGGAGCUGGAGGGGAGCGCGGAUGCCGGGGCGCGGCGGUGGAGCGACUCCGCGCGCGCCGCGGUCGCCGCCGGCGGCAGCUCCGACCGCAGCCUGGACGAGUUCGUGGAGUUCGUGCGCGCGGGCGCCGGCGCCGACGCCGGCGAGAAGUGGAAGGCUCUGGUUCGGGAGGGCAGCGAGGCUGCGGCGUCCGAGAUGUGA